AUCGAGUGUGAAAAUAUUAGUUGGAAAGAUUUUAAUUUUACAAGAGAACAAAACAACAGCUAUAAGGUCUAUUCAUUGAAUUUCGAAAGUUGCCUGUUACCAGAAGAAACUACAUUAAAAGAUAUUGUAACAAAAUUAGGAAUAAUUGAAAAACAUAGACUUAGCUUUCAGUCUCAUAGAAAUCUUAGCCAAAGUCUAACAAAGGAACAUUUCCAAGGAUUUUCAAAUGUAACCGAAUUAGGUUUAUCCUAUAAUGGUUUAACUAAUAUAUCAUCUGAUUUCUUUACAAUUUUUUCUAAUUUGAGAUGUCUUGAUUUGUCUGAAAAUUCUCUUGUUUUAAGCAAAAAUAAUUUUGAUAAUACUUUGAAUCUUAAGAAACUUGAUUUACAUGGAAAUGGAAUGACAGAACUUCCCUUUGAUAAUAUAGAUAAUUUAACAUCAUUGCAUGAUGUCUUUAUAACGAAUUUAAAGAAUCUUGAAGAAGUUCAUAUGAGAAACAGUAAAUUACAGUUUAUACCAGACAAAUUUUUCACGGGUACAACAUCUGUAAAAUUCAUCGAUUGGAGUGAGAAUAUUUUUGAAAAUAUAAGCGAAACGACCUUCGUAGAUGUAUUUAAUACUACAUAUCUUAACAUUAGUCACAAUAGGAUAAUAAAGCUUCCUGAUUUAGUUUUUCAAAAUUUUAAAAAUUUAGAAGUACUCGACUUGUCUUUUAAUCGAAUUUUAGACGUACAGAGGAAACUAUUUAACGGUUUGACAUCGUUAAAAGAACUUAACAUGGAAGGAAAUGUUUUGGAAUAUAUCCAUAGUAAAGCAUUUUCAACCAAUGAACAACUAUCCAUCGCAAAGUUCUCCGAUAAUCGUCUAAAAUUUUAUAAUCCAUUCAAUAUGUUAUCACCUUUUUUUAAUAAUCAUCGUCUUAAAGAAUUGCAUUUAUCAAACAAUAAAAUUAAUCAUUUUUAUUCUGAUUGGACUACAAAUAAACUAGAGUUAGAAUUAUUGGAUCUGCGUCACAACGACAUAAGUACAAUAUCGGCGAGUGAUUUUGUUUUUUCGUCGGAUAAUGUUCUAGUAGAUCUAAGAUAUAACAACAUAAGUAAUAUUUUGCUAAAUGAUAUCGAAAAUUUGGUAUUAUUUGAUACUGAAAAACGUAAUGUUACUGUCCACGUUGAAAACAAUCCCUUAUUAUGCGAUUGUCACGUAUAUAACCUUUUGCGUUAUUAUAACGGUGAUAUGCCCAAUACUGUUUAUAAUUUGUUUGAACUUAAAUUGGGAAACUUAACGUGUGUGAAACCUUAUGUAAAGGAAAGUCUACAAAUUAAUCAGUUAGAUUUUAAAACCUACCAGUGUCCCGAGGAUGAAUACUUUCAAAUUGUAGAUCGGCAUCCAAGUUUAUGUACUUCUGAGAUAAGACCGUAUGAUCAAACACGAAUUAUAGAUUGUUCGAACAAAUUGAAGGUUGAAUUAAAAAUUAACAGCAAUACUAUAAAUUUGAAGGGAAAUUAUCCAUUAAUAUUGAAUCUCACAGGGAAUUAUUUAAGGGAAAUACCAUCACUUGAUUAUAUAAAACCUCUUAACUUAACACAUUUAUUGUUAUCUAGCAACAAUAUUUCUGAAAUAUCGUUGGACAGAUUACCAACAACUCUCAAAGUAUUAGAAUUACAUAAUAAUCAUUUAUUAAGCUUGAGUCACGAAGUACUUCAAUUCUUUUUUGAUCAAUAUUACAUAGAAUUAACUUUGAGUGGGAAUCCAUUUAUAU